AUACUGGUAAUGGCCGCCAGAGGCAUCAUGUCUAUCUUUUGUUAUUGUUUGCGUUAAAUUUACAGGUUGGAUCUAAACCUCGCGCAGGCUGUCACUGAUUCUGUGAAUCGUUGAUUGUAACCUCACUUAGAAGAAGCAUCUCACACAUGAUGGCUAAUAUCCCAACGAGCAAACGGCCGCGCAUGGACACACCAGUCUUGCCAAGAGGUGCUAUCGGUAAUGGCCCGAUGCAUCCGCGCCCUCUGGUGGCACUGCUGGAUGGCCGCGACUGCUCAGUAGAAAUGCCGAUUCUGAAGGAUGUAGCAACCGUGGCCUUUUGUGAUGCCCAGUCCACCACGGAGAUACACGAAAAGGUGUUGAACGAAGCCGUAGGGGCGCUCUUGUGGCACACAAUCACACUGUCCAAAGAAGACCUCGAGAAGUUCAAGUCGCUGCGCAUCAUCGUGCGAAUCGGCACCGGGUUCGAUAACGUCGACACGAAAGCGGCCGGCGAGCUGGGCGUUGCGGUGUGUAACGUUCCGGGUGUGGCCGUGGAAGAAGUGGCGGACAGUGCGUUCUGUCUUAUACUGAACCUCUACCGUCGCACGUACUGGCUCGCCAACAUGGUGCGGGAGGGGAAGAAGUUUCCGAACCCCGAGCAGGUGCGGGACGCCGCGCAGGGCUCAGCGCGAAUACGAGGCGACACGCUCGGCAUCGUGGGAUUGGGUCGCAUCGGCACGGCCGUCGCCAUGCGGGCGAAGGUGUUUGGCUUCAGCGUGAUCUUCUACGACCCGUAUCUGGUGGACGGCAUCGAGAAGUCGCUGGGGCUGACGCGCGUCUACACGCUGCAGGACCUGCUGUUCCAGAGCGACUGCGUGUCGCUGCACUGCAGUCUCAACGAACACAACCACCACCUGAUCAACGAGUAUACGAUCAAACAGAUGAGGCCAGGUAAGCACAACCACCACCUGAUCAACGAGUAUACGAUCAAACAGAUGAGGCCAGGAGCGUUUCUAGUGAACACGGCGCGGGGCGGACUCGUGGAUGAGGGGGCCCUAGCAGCCGCGCUCAAGGAUGGCCGAAUUCGAGCAGCAGCCCUGGAUGUGCAUGAGAACGAACCGUUUAAUGCUAACAGUGGCCCGCUCAAGGACUGCCCGAACCUGAUCUGCACGCCGCACGCCGCGUGGUACAGCGACGCGAGCAUCACCGAGCUACGUGAGAUGGCCGCUGGUGAGGUGCGGCGCGCGCUCACGGGCCGCAUCCCCGACGGCCUGCGCAACUGCGUCAACAAGGAGUACCUGCGCCUGAGCCAGUUCCGCGACGGACUCAACGGGCAGCCGUUCAGCUACCCGCCCGUCGCGCUCGCACAUUCCACGACCGCGCUCGAGCCGAUGAUGGCGCACGCCGCCGCCGCGCUGCCGCACCCGGCCGCCGUCACGCCGCAGCCGCCGCACUCGACGCUGCCCGACCCGCCGGCCGCAAGCAAGGCCGAGAGCGGCGACGUGCAUUAG